AUGGCAGAAAAAGUGACUAACAAGGAAGACCCAAAACCUUCUGAAGGUCAUGGCUUUUCUUUCCCUAAACAGGAAGAAAAUAUCAUCAACUUUUGGAACGAAAUCGAUGCUUUCCACAGAUCGCUGGAGCUUACGAAAGGAAUGAAACCAUACGCUUUCUAUGAUGGCCCACCUUUUGCAACAGGUACUCCUCACUAUGGUCAUAUCUUGCAAUCCUCUAUUAAAGAUAUUGUUCCAAGAUAUGAGACAAUGAAUGGCCAUUAUGUUGAAAGAAGGUUCGGAUGGGAUACUCACGGUGUUCCAGUCGAACAUAUUAUUGACAAGAAACUUGGCAUUACUUGCAAGCAGGAUGUCAUGGAUAUGGGUAUUGAUAAAUACAAUGCCGAGUGUAGAAGUAUUGUUAUGAGAUAUUCUGGAGAAUGGAGAAAGACCAUUGGACGUCUUGGUCGUUGGAUCGACUUUGAUAACGAUUACAAGACGUUAUAUCCAACAUUUAUGGAAUCCGAGUGGUGGGCAUUCAAGAAAUUGUACGAGAAGGGACAAGUUUAUCGUGGCGUUAGAGUGAUGCCAUACUCCACUGGUGUCACUACCGCAUUAUCUAACUUUGAGGCUCAGUUGAACUAUAAAAUGGUUAACGACCCUGCUAUUACCAUCGGCUUUCCCUUAUUGGAUGACCCAGACACUGUUCUUGUUGCGUGGACCACUACUCCCUGGACCUUGCCUUCGAAUUUGGCACUUGCAGUUAAUCCUGAAUUCGUUUACACGAAGAUUUAUGAUGAGGAUGCUAAAAAGACGUACAUUUUAUUGGAAAAACUUGUUGGUGCCCUAUACAAGAAACCAAAGAAAGCACAUUACAAGGUUACUGGAACAAUCAAGGGUUCUGAAUUAGUUGGAUUGAAGUACAAACCAUUAUUCAACUAUUUCUACGACCAGUUCAAGGAUAGAGCUUUUCAUGUUAUUGGUGCUGAUUACGUUUCUGACGAAUCCGGUACCGGUAUUGUUCACGAGGCUCCUGCAUUUGGUGAAGAGGAUUUCAACGCAUGUACCAAGAGUAACAUUAUUUCUGGCGAGGUUCAUCCCCCAAACCCGGUUGAUGAUGACGGUAAGUUUACUGCUGAUGUCUCUGAUUUCGAGGGUGUUUACGUUAAGGAUGCUGACAAAUUGAUCAUUAAACGGUUGACGAAUGAUGGCAGAAUUUUGAGAGCUACUCAGAUUAACCAUAGUUAUCCAUUCUGCUGGAGAUCUGACACUCCAUUGUUGUACCGUACAGUUCCUGCCUGGUUUGUUCGUGUUCAGAACAUUGUUCCUCAGAUGCUCGAUAACAUUGCAAAGACCCAGUGGGUGCCAAGUACCAUCAAGGAGAAGCGUUUCGGUAACUGGAUUGCCAAUGCACGUGAUUGGAAUGUUUCUCGUAACCGUUAUUGGGGUACGCCUAUUCCAUUAUGGGUGUCUGACGAUUUCAAGGAAAUUGUCUGUGUUGGAUCCAUUGGCGAGCUUGAAGAGUUAUCCGGCGUGAAAAACAUUUCGGAUAUUCACAGAGACAAGAUUGAUAACAUUACCAUCCCAUCAAAGCAGGGCAAGGGACAGUUGCACAGAAUUGAAGAGGUGUUUGACUGUUGGUUCGAAUCAGGUUCUAUGCCAUAUGCCUCGAAGCACUAUCCCUUUGAAAACAAGGAGAACUUCCGCGACUCAUUCCCAGCUGACUUUAUUUCCGAAGGUUUGGACCAGACCAGAGGCUGGUUCUACACUUUGACUGUUUUGGGUACUCAUCUAUUUGGUACUGCUCCUUACAAGAACGUUAUUGUUGAUGGUAUUGUUCUCGCUGCUGAUGGUAAGAAGAUGUCCAAGAGAUUAAAAAAUUAUCCAGAUCCAAACAUUAUUUUGAACAAGUAUGGUGCGGAUGCCCUUAGAUUGUACUUGAUCAACUCUCCCGUUUUGCGUGCAGAGACACUUAAAUUCAAGGAGUCUGGUGUUAAGGAAGUUGUUUCUAAGGUUCUUCUUCCAUGGUGGAACUCAUACAAAUUCCUUGAAGGGCAGAUUGCACUAUUCAAGAAGACAAAUGGCAUUGACUUCAUGUUUGACCCAGAAUUGCGUUCUAAGAACGUUAUGGACAAGUGGAUUCUUGCAUCCAUUCAGUCUUUGAUUAAGUUCAUUCACCAGGAGAUGACUGGCUACAGAUUGUACACUGUUGUGCCGAAAUUGUUGGAUUUAAUCGACCAGUUGACCAACUGGUACAUCAGAUUCAACAGACAGAGAUUAAAGGGUGAAAAUGGUGUUGAUGAUGCUCGUCAUGCAUUAAACACUUUGACAGAAGCAUUAUUCACCCUCGUGAGGGCAAUGGCACCAUUCACUCCAUUUUUGUCAGAUAACAUUUACCGUAGAUUAAAGGUUCUAUUUAAGCCAGAAACCUUGAAGAACUAUCAGCUUGGUGAUGAUGACCGCUCAGUCCACUUCCUUUACUAUCCUCAAGUUGAUGAAUCAUUGUUUGACGAUGAUAUUGAGAGGGCAGUUGGUCGGAUGCAAACCAUCAUUGAAUUAGGAAGAACCAUCAGAGAAAAGAAGAUGAUUUCUUUGAAAACUCCUUUGAAGACAAUGGUUGUUCUUCACAGCGACCCACAAUUCUUGUCUGACAUUGAAUCAUUGAAGAAGUACAUCAUCAGUGAAUUGAACGUGCGUGAAUUGAUCAUUACAUCUGAUGAGGAUAAAUAUGGCGUUGAGUACCGUGCUGUUGCUGACUGGCCUGUUCUUGGAAAGAAGUUGAAGAGAGAUGUCAAGAAGGUUAAAAAUGCACUUCCAGGCUUGACCUCACAAUCUGUCAAGGACUACUUGAAAGAAGGUAAAAUUAAUGUUGCUGGCAUUGAUCUUGUUGAGGGCGAUUUGCAUGUUUUACGUGGAUUACCAGAAACUGCCGUUUCUGGAGGCCAUGAAGCUCGCUCUCAGGGAGACAUACUUGUUAUUCUAGACACAAACUUGUAUCCUGAGUUACAGGCUGAAGGUAUUGCCAGAGAGCUUGUUAACAGAAUCCAGAAGUUGAGAAAGAAGGCUGGAUUGAAACAAACUGAUGAUGUGUUGAUUCAAUACAACCUUAAGAAAGACACUCUUGAUUUGGAGGAUGCUAUUGAAAAGCACUCAGAUAUGCUCUUGAAGUGUUCAGGACAUCCAUUACGGAAAUAUGAUGAAGUUGCGGAUGCUUCCAAGAUCAUUGCUGAGGAGGAUGCUCAGAUCAAUGAUACGACCAUUGCUUUACGUCUAUUGAAAUUAUGA